GGGGAAUAAGACACGACGCGCAGCCAUGUCGUGGACCGGCUUCAAGAAAGGCGUGAACCGCGCGACGACGCAGGUCCUCAUGAAGACGGGCCAGGUCGAGCGCACAAACGACCGCGACUUUGAAACCGAGCAGCGGCGCUACCGCACCAUGGAAACCGCGGCCAACAAGCUCCAAAAAGAAGCCAAAGGCUACCUGGACUCGCUCCGCGCCAUGACCGCCUCACAGAUGCGCAUCGCGGAGACAAUCGACGCCUUCUACGGCGACGCGGGCACAAAAGACGGCGUCUCACGCUCCUACAAGCAAGCCGUCACCGACCUCGACGCCGAGACGAUAAAAGCCCUCGACGGGCCCUACCGCACCACGGUCCUAGACCCCAUCCAGCGCUUCUGCUCCUACUUCCCCGACAUCAACGCCUGCAUUACAAAGCGCGAGCACAAGCAAAUGGACUACGACCGCAUGCGCGCCCAGGUCAAGAAACUCACAGACAAACCAGAUAAAGACGUUACCAAGCUGCCGCGCGCGGAGAAGGAUGAACAGCUCGCUAAGGCGGCGUACGACCAGCUCAAUGAGACGCUCACGAAUGAACUGCCGCAGCUCAUCGACUUGCGCGUCCCUUAUCUGGAUCCGAGUUUCGAGGCUCUGGUCAAGAUUCAGCUUAGGUUUUGUGCAGAGGCGUACUCGCGCAUGGCCCAGGUCCAGCAGUAUCUAGAUGCGAACACACGGGACCAGUACGCGCAGGGCGAGCUGGAUGCGCGCGUCGAGGAGGUGCUGCAGGAGAUACGCGAUCUGAGUAUUGCGGGGACCGUUUAGUGAGCUUUUGCGAGUGCAAGGUAAUUGGAGAGUUUUGGAGCUACCAGAGUGUGUGUGCUUGCGUGUUGGACUUGCUUUGUGGCGUUUUCUUGAUAUCAAAUCUGGACUUUGCUUGGUCUUGGUCUUGGAGGCAGGGCAGAGGGGGCAGCGUGUAUGGCGGAGGAUGGGACAGACAACGACAGUCAGUACGAGGUUGCAUUGCAUCAUGAUCUGUCACCAACCACAACAAAUCUACAAAUUUUUUGAAUCACUCCGCGUAUCUUCAUCGUCACCAUCACCCACACACCGUCAUUCACACAAAGCCAAUAUGACAUAUUCCAAGAUAAACAUUCCUCUAUUUCCCACGCCCUAGAAGACGC